UAUUACAUACGCUAGUAGAUUAAUAAGAUAGAUAGAGCCCGGAUUGGAAUGGCACGGUACACCGCGUGCCACUGCAGCCUUCACCAAAUGGAGCACUGACUCACGCACUAGCUUCUGUCCAUUGUGAUAUUUUUAAGAGAAGUGAACAUUUAUUGCUGGGUGCAUUCAAGCAGUGAUACUACAGCAGCCCUGCAUUUAAGAAAUUAAUCGUUUGCUUCUGAUAAGAGCAGUGUUCAUGUAUUUAUUUCUUGCUCCUACCCUCCCAUAGUCUUGAUUCUAUGGAUGAUGGGUCAUUUAGGCCAAGGAAUUGCUUUAGAUAAUAAAUAGAGUCGAAUCUCAAUUAAAAUUAAGAAAACUUUGCAGAGGACGAUGGAUGAGUGUAUGCUAAAUGAUCUUUUGGAGUGCUCAGUAUGUUUGGAGCGUCUGGAUACAUCCAGUAAGGUAUUGCCAUGUCAGCAUACCUUUUGUAAAAAGUGCCUAGAAGAGAUACUUAUUACUCAUAGAGAGCUCCGUUGCCCCGAAUGUCGAGUUCUCGUUAAUGCUAAAGUCGACGACUUGCCACCCAAUGUUCUUCUGAUGAGGAUUCUGGAAGGCAUGAAAAAUGCCACUCCAAAAGGCAAUAAAACUCCUCAAAGGAUCAAUAAUACUCCUCAGAGAUUACAAGGUGGCCAUCAAGUCACUCCAACCAGUCUUACUGUGAUUCCAAAUCCACCAGUUGCAAUAGUCACACCAGAAUCUGCGCAACAAGUAGUUGCUAAGCAAGUUCACCUUUAUAAUCGACCAUAUGGGCGUGCCAUUUAUGAUUAUGUCUCAAAAGUUCCAGGGGAUUUAAGCUUUAGAAAAGGUGAUAUCAUUAUAUUAAGAAAAAAAAUUGACAACAACUGGUAUCUUGGAAAAUGUGGAGCUAAUCAUGGUGUUUUUCCUCUAUCUUAUGUCCAAGUAAUAACUCCUUUGCCUCCUCAUGUUCCUCAAUGUAAAGCUCUCUAUGACUUCAGAAUGUCAAACGACGAAGAAGAUGGUUGUCUUACUUUUAAUAAGGGCGAAGUGAUUAGUGUCAUUAGAAGAGUCGAUGAGAACUGGGCAGAAGGUAAACUCUUAGAUCGAAUAGGAAUCUUUCCUUUGGCUUUUGUAGAAUUGAAUAGCGUUGCUAGAGCACUAAUGAAACUCUCCACAAACGUUCAACCAGGACCAUCGAAAGUAGCUCCACCAACCCCAACGAACGAAGAAACCACUCCGCUGAUACCCACCGAUCAUACACGCACAGUACAGACAUCCAAUCAGCCAAGACAACAUCCCACAUUGGCGGCGGUAGUGCCAACCUACGAGUCGAGUCCGAAUGUAUCAUCGGGCGGCAGCUCGACGACGACCUCGUCACCCGUGAUAACGAGUCCCAGCUCCGGUAGUUCGAGCACGACGCCCAGCAGCCCCAGCAGCCCGGCCAUUUCGCCGCCUACGGUGGCCAACCGACACAGCAGAAAGAGGCACAGCUUCACCGGAGUCAAGAGCGCCCAUCAGCUAAACCCUCAGCAGUGGCACAGCGCCGAGAUAUUGAGUCUUGCCGUCGAUGCGGCUCUCGCUGGCGGUGAGGCUCCCACCAACGAUCCCACUUGCAGCUCCAAUCAGGCGGGCCCGAAUUUCGGUCCCAAAAAUCCACGCCAUAAGCGCAGCGGCAGCAACGACCUGAUGCUCUCGCAGUCAUGGAUGCUGAGCACCACACCAGUGACAACGCCGGGUAUAGGGAGCGCCGGUAGCAAGACGACGAGCUCCUCGAACACCUCCAGUGGGAAAUUGCCAGCCGUUUACAUUGCCCUCUAUCCUUACAAGCCACAGAAAUCCGACGAGUUGGAGCUUAGGAAGGGCGGUAUCUACAUGGUCACGGAAAAGUGUCAGGACGGCUGGUUCAAGGGCACCUCUAAUCGCACCCAAAAGUGCGGCGUCUUCCCGGGCAAUUACGUCGCUCCAGCAAUAUGUCAACGAACGGUAUGUCGAUCAUCCAAUAGUGCACCACCACAGAGCAGUUCCUCGCCGUUUUCUCAAGCAGGCGGCACGGAUAAUCGCAUGUCCGUAGUCUAUACUAAAGCCAAGGGUGGUGUUCCGCAACCAUACAACCUCGGUAAAUUAGCGCCUCCCGAACUGCCACCUCGCGCUUUAAGCCCCGAGUCAGUCGGAACUAACGUCUGGCAUCCGCAGAGGCAACAGAGUACGACGCAGAGUCCUCCAAGAUUACCCGAUCAAACUGUGCCAAUCGCAUCCACUGGCCGAAACUAUAAUUCUGGUGGCGCGUCCACAAUAUUUUAUUCGCCAGGUAAACUGCCUGCGGCUGUAACUGUUGUUACUGGUACAACAGUCACUACAACAACAUCCGUUAAUGAUUCCAAUAAAAAUUCUUAUCAAACAACAUCGAUUUCUUUAACUGCGUCUACUUCGGCUACGACAUCGAAACCCACAGAGAAAGUAAAAGAAAAAAAGGAAAAGGGUGUAUCGCUGAUGCGUCGUUUAACUAGUAUUAAAAAAUCAAAAUCUCCGCCUCCAUCAACUUAUUCGAUGGAUAAUCCAGUCUUUGAUGAUGGCAAUACAAGUCAAUCCUUAUUGAUCAAUCCAAUUCAUGUUCGGUCAGGGUCGUGUCCAAGUCAGUUGCUCCAGCUGGGAGUCGCACAGGAUAUUAAUGGUUCUGCAAACAAUCACCAUCGCAUGUAUCCUGGACAAGGUCAUGUCACGACCUCGCAACGAAUCAAGCACAAAGAGAGACCCUCCUUACCCGCAAACUUCCUCCAGAGGUCUACUGAAACCGGUGGCAAUGUUACGAGUACAAUGAGUAAUCAUCAUCGUAAAAGUAAUUCAUUGGAUGCUGGAACGGGCAAACAAGUUAAACAACAAAUUUCAACGCGAGAUCGGGAGCGCGUCUACAGAUUUCGCUGCAUCGUGCCAUACCCACCAAACAGCGAAUUCGAGUUGGAGCUGCGUGUCGGGGACAUCAUCUACGUGCACAAGAAGCGCGACGAUGGCUGGUACAAGGGAACGCAGCAACGCACCGGGCGCACGGGACUCUUCCCCGCGAGCUUUGUCGAAGCCUUCUGAGAUCCGGCGACGCCCGCUCUCGUGCUCGAGACGUGCAUUUAAGAGGACAAGAGGAUGAGAAAAGCCUUAGGAACACCGAGAAAAGAAGAGAGCGUUGCCGUUAAGUGUUGCCGACACUGUACCAUGUGAGACAUUUGCGAGGACGUUUUUGUUUUUCGUUUAAUUGGUAUCUUCGAGAAUCGAAACGUCGAAACAAAUCCUCAUCGAGGAUUUUAUUUAAAAUAAAUUUAUUUUUCCACCGUGUUCAUAUGUAUAUUGCAGUAUUAACAAUUACUUUUCAAAGUAUGCGUGUAAGUGUUUGAUUAGCUUUCGACUAAUUUACUAAAUUAGUUUUGUAGAAUUACUAGUGCGGACUUUCUAAGGACAUAUACUUGCCUUAAUUUUCGGUUGAAAAAUUGCCAACUAACGACCGAACUAAUUAGAUUGAUUUUCAACAAUCGAUAAUAUGUACAUACGAAUUGGAGGUAAUUUUGCAUUAUGUCACCUUAAUUGCGAAUCAUGUUUAAAUCACAAUUCAAGAUUGUAGAGCGAUUUUUCUUACUUGAAAAUCGAUUCCCAGCAAUUUGUCGAUUAAGGUUCCUAGUCUUAGUGUUCUAUAAAAUGUUGAACGAAAAUGAGAGAGCGAGCGAGACGAGCAAAGUCGCUGCUAAUAAGAUAGUUUAUACUUCAAUCAUGUAGAAUGCAUAUUGGUAAGAUAUAAAGGAAAAAUGAGAGCGAUUAAAGG